ACCUUUCCCUCCCUAUUAAGCCACCUCCUCCGACCUCAUUCAUCCCAUUUUAGGAUUGCAGACUUUUAACUUUCUGCAAAAGCACUUCCUCUCGUUGGCUCAAAAGAACUUCCUUCUGUUGGCUUUUGUAAAUUAAAGCAGCAAUGGAGAUCCCAGCCUUCCACCAUUACCAAUAUUUCUUCCCUUCUCACCUCAUCUACCCAUAUCAUUUGGCACCAGAAAACUAUUUGCACUGGACUGAGACCCCUGUUUCUCACAUUUUCUCCGUUGACCUCCCCGGUGUGAGGAAAGAGGAGAUAAAAGUACAAGUGGAGGACUCAGCAUACCUUAUAAUUCGAACACAGAGGAUUGAGGAGGAGGAGGAGUCCACAGAGCAGCCUAGCAGGACCUUCAUGAGGAAGUUCCGGAUUCCGGGUCAGGCCGAUAUCGAACGGAUUUCAGCCAGAUACGAAGCCGGAGUGUUGACGGUCACAGUGCCGAGAUCUUUGAGGAGGGCUUUCUUCAUUGAGCCAGCUGAUGUGCCAGAGAGGCUUCAAGUUCUUGCAAGGGCUGCUUAAUUUCAAAUAAGAUUAAUUAACGAUAAUAUAAUUUAGUUGUUGGGAUUUUAAUUUUUUUUUCUUUUAAUUAUUCUAAGCAUUGGUGGAUUGUGCUUGAUUUGAGUUGUCACAUUAUUGCACAAAUGUUUAGACUAUGUUCUGUUGGUUUAUCUUUAAUUUCUUGCCAUUUGAAGUUAUGUUUAAUGAUGUUUUAUUUAUUUGGUUUU